ACCUCAGGCGGCGAAGCGCAGCGGGAGAAGGUACCCCGAUGAUCUCGGGCUGAGCCCGCGCCGGGACCAUGUCGGUGGCCUUCGCGUCCGCCCGGCCGAGAGGCAAAGGGGAGGUCACGCAGCAAACCAUCCAGAAGAUGCUGGACGAGAACCACCACCUGAUACAGUGCAUCCUGGACCACCAGAGCAAGGGCAAGGCGGCCGAGUGCGCCCAGUAUCAGCAGAUCCUGCACCGGAACCUCGUCUACCUGGCCACCAUCGCCGACUCCAACCAGAACAUGCAGUCCCUGCUCCCCGCUCCGCCCACCCAGAACAUGAGCCUGGGCCCCGGGGCGCUGUCCCAGAGCGGCUCCGGCCAGGGCCUGCACUCCCAGGGCAGCCUCAGCGACGCCAUCGGCACCGGCCUGCCCCCGAGCUCCCUCAUGCAGGGCCAAAUCGGCAACGGUCCGAACCACGUGUCCAUGCAGCAGACGGCGCAGAGCACGCUGCCCACGACCUCCAUGAGCAUGUCGGGCAGCGGCCACGGCUCGGGGCCUGGCUACAGCCACUCGGGGCCCGGCUCGCAGAGCGUGCCCCUGCAGGGCCAGGGCGCCAUCAGCAACUACGUGUCGCGGGCCAACAUCAACAUGCAGUCCAACCCAGUGUCCAUGAUGCACCAGCAGGCCGCCGCGUCCCACUACAGCUCGGCGCAGGGCGGGAGCCAGCACUACCAGGGCCAGCCGUCCAUCGCCCUGAUGGGCCAGAGCGGGCAGGGGAGCGGCAUGAUGGGGCAGCGGCCCCUGGCGCCCUACCGGCCCUCCCAGCAAGGCUCGUCGCAGCAGUACCUGGGCCAGGAGGAGUACUACGGCGGCGAGCAGUACAGCCACGGCCAGGCCGCCUCGGAGCCGCUCGGCCAGCAGUACUAUGCGGACGGGCACGGCGAUUACGCCUACCAGCAGUCGUCCUACUCGGAGCAGAGCUACGACCGGUCCUUCGAGGAGCCCACGCAGCACUACUAUGAGGGCGGGAACUCACAGUACAGCCAGCAGCAGGCGGGGUACCAGCAGGGGGCGGCCCAGCAGCAGGCGGGGUACCAGCAGCAGUACCCCAACCAGCAGAGCUACCCGGGCCAGCAGCCAGGCUACGGCCCAGCCCAGGGAGCCCCCUCCCAGUACUCCAGCUACCAGCAAGGACAAGGCCAACAGUACGGGAGCUACAGGGCGUCGCAGACCGGCCCAUCCGCGCAGCAGCAGCGGCCAUAUGGCUACGAACAGGGCCAAUACGGGAAUUACCAGCAGUAAGGGACAGGCGAUCUUGGCGGAGCCUUGCACUGGUGUGCCCGGGCCUGUGGCAGUUCUGAGGAACUGUGGCCUGUCGGUUGCCCCUUCACCCCACGCGUGUUGCAUGUGAAACGUGCACAUUUCAUGCUGGGUAGGACGCCGCGCGUGCGCCGGGGCGUGGGACCGCGCGCUGCUGGUGUGACGUCCCUGGUGCUGUGUACAGUCUCAUCUGUCCAUACGGGAAGGGAGAGGUGGUCCCUUUUCGCCCCACCUCGAUGUUUCUAGCUAGCUUUAGGGGUCCUCUCGUCAUCGGAGUGUUCUGUGCCCAGCGAUGGGACAUACCUACGAGAUGCCAUAGUCAGUGUUUCCAUAGAAACAGGCCCUGGGUCCAGAUCGCCUCAUGCAGCUGUAACGUGGGUCGCAAACUCGUCUCUCACGGGCGACCCCACCUCAGCCGCUCGCCCUGCCCUGGGCGCACCUCGGCCAGGGCCUGGGGUGGGGCGGGGCUCCAUGUGCUGUGGGCCUGCUUCCAUGAAAGGCUGAUCCACGGCACCGGAGAGGCUGCGCACCGCCCUGUGGCUUCCCGAGCUCACCCGUUACCUGCGUCUCCAGCCAAUUCCAUUUGUCCAGAAGGUUACGUGUCCUUGUCGUAAAUGUAAAGAGGGAUCAACGACGGUGUCGCCGAUGCGCGUCCACGAAGGCCGCGGUCGAGCCUGACCAGGGAGCUGUGGGCCGGCAGGGAGGGGGGAAGCUCUCCAACGUCACCCGGGCUCCGGCCCUUGUCAGUCUGAGGAUCAUUGUGGGGGUCUGCGUAUUUAACGUGCCCCAUUCUCAACUUUGAGCUGGAAACAGUGGCACCAGGUUUCCCACACAGCUGGCAAGUUAUUCACUUUACAUUCUUUCUCCCAGGACCUGUCUGUUCAGAUGUGCCGGCCAGCGUUAUUUAUUUAUUUUUUUAGAGAGACCUAAAAUUCACUUCUUUUUAAAAAAAGAGUGCCACUGAGGUUACUCUGUUCUUCCUAGUGAAAAGGAAAGGUUUCAUAGAGAGAAAUUUGAGUAAUUUUUACAUUUCCAGGAUGUUAAUUUCUGUGCAAACAUUAUAGAGAGCUCACUGGGAAAAACUGGGUCAGAAGAAAAAUCCUACCUUUCACUAAGUAACACAUUUUAUCAAUCUUCACUUGGCUCAUAAUAUCCAUUUUAACUCCUUUAAAAACAUCUUUGGAUAGAUGCUGAUGUAUUUCCAAGAACAGCCAAGAAAAUACAAAAAAAUCCAGUUCUUUGUACAUCAGAUGUACCAGGAUAGAAGUGUUUAUUUUGUAGGCAUGUGGGUUUGAAAACCCUUAACAUUGGUAAGGGCUUAAAAAUACAUUGUCUCGAUUAAAU